AAUCCUUUUAUCCUUCUUUCUUUCUUUCUUUUCAAAGAAGUAAAAAAAAACCAACAAUGAAGCUUAGAAGCUUAUGGAUAAUAAAUGUUAUCCUACUUUUUUCUAUAAUUUCAUUUGUCUUUGCAAAUGAAGAACAACAAACUCCUAUAAAAGCUGUAAAAGUAGAAAAUGAAGAUGAGUUAGGAACAACAUCCUUUGAAGAAUCCAUUGUUCAACUUGAAGAGUUAGAGACAACUGAAAAAGAAAAGUUUACUUUUCAGACUGAAGUGUCACGUUUAAUGCAUUUAAUAAUUAAUUCACUCUACAAAACUCGUGAAAUCUUUUUACGUGAAUUAAUUUCAAACGCUGCAGAUGCCUUGGAUAAGAUACGUUUCUUGUCUUUGACAGAUCCUGAAGCCAUUGCUGCCAAACCUAUCCUGGAUAUCCGAAUUUCUGCUGACCCUAAAACAAAAACAUUGACAAUUACAGAUACUGGCAUUGGUAUGACUCGUCAACAGCUCAAGAAUAAUUUAGGUACAAUUGCUAAAUCAGGUACAUCUGAAUUCUUGGCUCAAAUGGAGAACAAUAAAGAUGCUAUUACGCAGAUUGGUCAAUUUGGUGUAGGCUUUUAUUCCGUCUUUCUUGUAGCUGAUAAAGUCACUGUGGCAUCCAAAUCAAAUGACGAUCCUGAUCAGUAUGUAUGGAUGAGCACAGCAGUGAACGAUUUCACGAUUGCUAAAGAUCCUCGAGGUAAUACACUUCAACGAGGUACACAAAUCACACUUUAUUUGAAGCCAGAUGCUUAUGAGUUCUUGGAGACAAAGAAGUUGAAAGAAUUAAUCCAAAGGUAUUCCCAGUUUAUCACAUUCCCUAUUCAGGUCUUGACCGCAAAGGAAAAGGAAAUCCCUGUUGAAGAAAUCAACCAUGAUGAUGAUGAUUUGAUUGAAGAGAGUAUGUCAGAUGAAAAACCUAUUACAGAAAAACGUACUGUUUAUGAAUGGGAACUUGUCAACGUACAAAAACCUAUUUGGAUGCGAGAUUCCAAGAACAUAACUGAUGAAGAACAUAAAGAAUUUUACAAGUCAUUGACUCGUGACUAUGCAGAUCCAUUAGCUUGGACUAUGUAUAAAGGUGAAGGCGAGUUUGAAUUCCGUUCUUUACUCUAUAUCCCAUCUACUGUAAAUGAACUCUUUUAUCAAAAUAUCAAAAACCAAGAAUCCAACCAUCCUAUUAAAUUAUUUGUGAAGCGUGUCUUCAUUAGUGAUGAAUUUGAAUUAUUACCAAAGUGGCUUUCAUUCCUCAAGGGAAUUGUAGAUGCUGAUGAUAUGCCUUUAAAUGUAUCUCGUGAAACACUUCAAAGACACCGUAGUCUCCGUGUUAUUACACGUCAUUUAGUGAAGAAGGCUCUAGAGAUGUUUAGCAACUUGAGUCAAAGAGAUCCCAAAGCUUAUGCUAAAUUCUUAGGUCAAUAUAAUAAUAUAUUGAAAUAUGGAGCAAUUGAAGAUCAAGUCUAUCGUAAAAAGAUUACAAGUCUCUUGAGAUUUGCUAGUUCUCAUAACAAGGAACCUUUUUCAAACAGUUUAGAUGAUUAUGUGGAUCGAUGCAAGGCCAAUCAAAAGAGUAUCUAUUUUAUGACAGGCAGUAGUGUCUCAGAAAUUGAACAAUCACCUUUAAUCGAAAGUUUGUUGGCCCGUGGAUAUGAAGUCAUGUAUUUCACAGACCCUAUUGAUGAAUUAUUUGUUGAGAAUGUUCCUGGAUAUAAUGGGAAGCAAUUCGUGAACAUUGCCAAAGGUGAUUUAACUUUCCCUGAAGAUGAAAAAGAUCCUGAAAACGAAAUAGCAUUAGAGACAACAUUUAGACCCUUAACUGAUUGGUUACGAGAUACUUUACAUGAUCGCAUUGAAAAAGCCGUUAUCUCGAAUCGACUUACUACCUCUCCAUUUGCUAUUGUUGCUUCUGCAACAGGGCUUAGUGGCCAUGCACAACGUAUCUUAGACGCUCAAGGUGCUAGCUAUAAAGAUCCUAAUAUGGCUUUUAUCUUGGAAACUAUGCGAUCACAAAAGAAAAUCUUGGAAAUCAAUCCUAAGCAUCCUGUCAUUACUUCAUUAUUAAAGCAAGUAGAAGAAGAUAGUAUUACAGAUGAAACAACUAAUUUGAUUCAAUUGAUGUAUGAUACAACGGCUAUCCGUAGUGGAUUCCCUGUAGAUGAUAUUACUCAAUUUGCAGGUCGUGUAGAAGGUUUGAUUCGUAAAGCAGUUGGUGUUUCACUUUUAGAAAAAGCUGAAGUGAAUAUUAAGAAAGCUAAGGAAAAGACAGAAGAAGAAAGAAAAGCAGAUGAAGAAUUAAAGAAGACAAAUAUCAUUUACGAUCAAGAAGAAGCGAUUCAUCAUGAUGAGCUUUAAUAAAUAAAUUGUUCAUUUUUAAAUAAAUUAUUAGGCAUUUUUAUAAAACUAA